AUGACUAUGAUACCGCCGACGUCAUCGCCUUUCUUGCCACCAACGAUGGCACGCGACACUGGUGCCAUCGCUGACCCUACUCCGGCUCCUAUGCCGCGCGCCGUCGGGUCUGGUGCCAAUGACGUCGUUCCUGCCAUUCGGCCCCCGUCCAACCCUCCACCCGAUUUGUCCAAACCACCGGCUGAGCGAGCCUCCGAGUCAGCGCGCGAGCUCUACCACAUGCCGACUUCGCUGCCUCCGACCGUGCCAACUGUCGCUACACCACGGCACCUACAAGCCAGCGAGAGCGAUGCAGCAGCAGCAGCGACCUUCGUCCAUGGCCUGCAGUGCCCGCCGUCUUCUUCGGCCGACUUGUAG